UCCAACAGACAGGUCUAUUGCAGCCUCAGUGAUUUGUAGCAUCGUUAUCCUGUGUUGUUGGAGCGUUCUCGACAACUGUAAAACUUUUACUUACUAUCCUUUUCAAUUGAGUCUUAGGUUUUUCAAAACUUCCUAGUAGCCAUGGACGCCAUCAAGAAGAAGAUGCUCUCAAUGAAGUCCGACAAGGACAACGCACUUGAAAAAUCCGAGAUGUUGGAACAGCAACUUAAAGACAUUGAGGAACAGAAGGCUAAGGUUGAGGAGGACCUCCACGAUCUCCAGAAGAAAUUCUCCAACCUCGAGGUAGAAUUUGACAACGUCAACGAACAGCACCAGGAGGCAAAUGCCAAGUUGGAGACAUCUACCAAGAGAGUCACCGAGAUGGAACAAGAGGUCAGUAGUACGUCCUCCAGGGCUACCAUGUUGGAGGAAGAUCUGGAGAGGUGCGAGGAGAAACUGCAGACAGCCACUAUCAAGCUGGAGGAGGCAUCCAAGGCUCAGGAUGAGACGGAGAGGUCACGCAAAGUUCUGGAGAAUAAGAGCAGUGCUGACGAUGAGCGCAUCGAUCAGCUAGAAACUCAACUGAAGGACGCUAAGUAUAUCGCCGAGGAAGCUGAAAGAAAGUAUGACGAAACUGCCCGUAAGUUAGCCAUGACAGAUUCCGAUCUGGAGCGAGCUGUCACCCGUUUUGAGGCUGCUGAAACCAAAUCCAUUGAACUGGAUGAAGAGUUGAAGGUCGUUGGAAACAACGUGAAGUCCCUUCAGAUCAGCGAGCAGGAAGCUUGCCAAAGAGAGGAGACUUUCGAGGAGACCGUCAAAGACCUGACCCACAAGCUCAAGGAGUCGGAGCACCGCGCUGUGGAGGCUGAGAGGACAGUGUCCAAACUCCAGAAGGACAUCGACCGCCUGGACGAUGAGCUACUUACAGAGAAGGAGAAGAACAAGGCCAUCCAUGACGAGUUGGACCAGACAUUCGCCGAGCUCGCCGGAUACUAACUGUGAAUGUGUACUACAGACAGGAAACUUGCCGGUGUUCUUCAAAUCUCCAGUGGAUAUUUUCUGUAAUGUGUCACUGAUCUGUGAGACCCUGUGCUCAAACGGUAAACACUUUUUGUCUACUUUGUGUGAUGCUUGUAAUUGUCAUCUCAUGAGUCAGUGAUGCCAGUGAUUGCUUGCUCGGAUACAAUGGAUACCACUGGAGGCCUGGUUGAACACUCAAGUUUAUACUUGAAACUUCGAAUCUCACAUGAACAAUAUCAAGCUUUCUUUGAUUUUAAAUGUACCCAUCCACUGCUGAAUGUUGUAAAUAGCCAAAAUUGUAUCAACUCAUUACAACUAUUUAUUAUUUAUACAGUAAGUCUACAGACAUUCAACUGUUCAUUUGUGAAUAAAACCUGAAAGUCCA